AUGUCAUCUCUUAAUACUGAAGAAGAUAAUUCAAAUUUCAGUGGAUGUGUCGAUUGUCAAUAUAAAUUGUCAUUCAAACCAUUCGUUUGGGAUAAAACUCAUUCCGGUGGCUGGAUAAGUGGUAGCUGUGCACAUUCAACCAUCCAUGUUUCCGAUCCUCUGACCGAGUUCUAUACUUUCGAACCGAAUGUACAAACCAACCUCGACAAGAAAUGGUUCUCGGAAAAUCAAAUCGAGUUGGAGGAGCUAGAGAUUGAAGGUCCCGACAACAAAUGCUCCAAAGAAAAGAAUGUAUCGGUGACACUCAAACAUGAUAAAACCGAUCGUUACAUCUUGACCGUAAAGCACAAUUAA